AUGUGGAUUUGGGCGCACAGGAUAACGACCAACCAACUUUAUUUCCUUUAUGCACGCGAUGCCGAUGGAGUAAACGACAAUAGGCAUGAGGGCCUUGAGCAUCUGGAUGAAGGAGACGGAGAGGAAGAUGUAGGCGGAAUUGGAGAAUCAGAAGGAAAGGACGUAGAGGGCGCCGGUGGAGAUGACCGACUUGAGAUAGAGGUCACGGGAGAUACAGACGGUGCCGACGAGGCGAAAGAUGCGGACGAGGAGGAAGGCGAGGGAGGAGCAGAGGGAAAUGGCGUAGAGGGCGCUGAUGGGGAUGACAAACUUGAGGUAGAGGUCACAGGAGAUGGAGAUGGCGCCGACGAGGCGGAAGACGCGGACAAGGAGGAAGGCAAGGGAGGAGCAGAAGGACAUGUGGGAGAAAGAUCGAGAGACUGA